GGGUGGUUCCUGAUAUUUUCAAAACUUCAUGGUGUUAGAGCUUUGGUGCGGCGGCCGGCGGAGAUAGCGGCGAGCGCGGCAGCGCGGCUGCAGCAGGUGCGAGCGCGUGAGCGGCGAGGUCGUGGAGGCCGGGGCACGCGCAGAAGGCGAGCAGCAAGCGUGCGAGCGUCACGCGGAGGUGGUGUUGCGGCGCGGGAGGCAGCCCCUGCGCGUGCAGAGGAAGGACGUCGUGGAGGCCCCUGCGCGUGCAGAGGAAGGGCGAGGCUGCGUGGUCAUCGUCGUCAGAGGCGAGGCAAGCUUGCAAGUAAGUGGCGCUGCUACUCCGUGGAGUUGGUGGUGGCUAAGGAUACAGAGAGUAGCUGGAGGCAGGAGUCUGGAGCUUGUAGGGUGUGCAGGUUGAGCUCUGCGUGGUGAUUGGUGAACGAAUGCAAGCUAGGAGGUGCUGAGCAACGUGAUUGCUGCGUUAAUUGGAGCUAUAGCAUAUCAAUUUUCUGUUGACUGGAGGGUAUUGCAAGCAAUCUAUUGCUCCGUUGUUGGUAAUCCCAGGCUGCAGAUUUAGGUGUCGAGACUCUAAUUAGUGCAGAUUGGCUGCUAAUUGUCACGGAUUUGAAGCACAUUGAGGUGUGUGCUGUUCUGGGCUAUUGUUUGGGGGGGGGGGGGGGGGGGGGCUAAUUUACUUUGGUGGAAGAGCUGCUUUGCAAGAGAAGGGGCAGCUGUGCAGAUAAGUCUCCAGUGAGAUACUUGUGGCUAAAAUGAUGGAGGUAAACCAAGUAAAUGAAAAAAUCCUUGAGAAAUUGGUUGAAUUGGAGAAAUUGAUCAAAUCAAUUGGUGCCAAAAACGAUGAGAUAGCAACCUCUAUGGUUUUGUUGAACAAAGAGGUAGAGCAGAAGGUGGAAUCAUUGGAUGGUAUGCACGCUAACGUUCUUUCAUGUAUGAGGAGUUUUUUUCCCUGAAUGAAUAUUAGAUUCUGGAGAUUCUAGACAUGUCACUGGUGCUCAAAGUGAAUUUUUGUCAUAUAAAUCAUAUCCAUCCACACAUAAGGAGACCAUCCAAACGGCUGAUGGGACAUGUCAACCCAUCAAAGGUAUUGGUACUAUUAAUUGUACGCCAUCAAUUAACUUGACAUCAGUGUUGCAUGUCCCAUCCUUUCCUGUAAAUUUGUUAUCCUUGAGUGCUCUAGUUGAUCAAAUAGAUUGCCGAGUUUCUUUUGAUCGAGAGCACUAUAUUAUCCAAGAAAGAAGGACGGGGAAGGAAAUUGGAAUUGGUGUUAGGCGUGGCGGAUUGUGGUACCUUGAUCUAAGGGAGGAUUUUAAGUUCUUGAAUGCUGCUCUGGUAGCAGGUAUGAGUGAAGAUGAAGCUAAAGUGAUGCUUCAACAUUGUCGACUAGGCCAUUUAUCUUUCGACACCAUGGCCAAAGUUUUCCCAGAGAUGAUGGCUAAGAUUGACAAGAGCAAACUUGCAUGUGAUGCAUGUGAGUCUGGGAAGCAUACAAGGGCAACAUAUGUGAGUAGGGGACUUAGGAGCAUAUCUCCUUUUAUGCUCAUUCACUCUGAUGUGUGGACAUGCCUAGUUACCUCUAUUAGUGGAAUGAAGUAUUUUGUUACCUUUAUUGAUUGUUAUUCUCAGGUGACAUGGAUAUAUCUCAUGAAACAUAAGAGUGAGGUCUUGCGGUGCUUUCAAGAUUUCUUUUCACUAGUAGGGAAUCAGUAUGAAGCUUGUGUUAAAAUACUGAGGACAUACAAUGGAGCUGAGUAUCUAAAUAAUGUGUUUGGAAAUUUUCUGUCAUCUCAUGGGAUAUUACAUCAAAGAACAUGCCCAGAUACACCUCCACAAAAUGGAGUGGCUGAAAGAAAGAAUCGGCAUAUCUUGGAGGUAGCACGUUCACUCAUGUAUACUAUGAAUGUGCCAAAGUCCCUAUGGAGUGAGGCAGUAAUGACCGCGGUAUAUCUGAUUAAUCGUACUCCCUCAAGAUUGCUUGGAUGGAAAACUCCUUAUGAGGUGCUGCAAGGGGUGAAUGAGUUUAUUGUUCCACCAAAAGUAUUUGGGUGCACUUGUUUUGUUAGAGAUCAUAGACCUUCAGUGGGUAAGCUAGAUCCAAGAGCUGUCAAAUGUAUAUUUGUCUGUUAUUCUUCCGGACAAAAGGGAUAUAAAUGUUGGUGCCCUACAGAGCGGCGUCUCUUUGUGAGUAUGGAUGUAACAUUUCGAGAAUCUGAACCCUACUAUGGGGAGAAAACUGGUUUAAGUUCCCUGUUUGAGCUCAGUAGUGACUCAUGCUCAAGUGAAAAUUAUCGAGAGGGGGAAAAUGAUAUAAAUGUUGUUGAAGGGAAGGAAGACAACCAAUCAAGGAGAACUGAAAUCAUCACAGGAUCGAUUCCAUAUGCAGUAAGUAAUUUGCAUGGGAAUGAUAUGCAAAACAGUAUGGGCAUCGAAAAUAUACGUGCAAGGCAAGAGGUAGGCUCUUCGCGGGUUUAUACUAGAAGGAAAAGAACUACUGAAUUGCAGCCGGUGGAGCGACAAGCUGAAUAGACCCAGUUCGAGUUACAGCCAGAAGAGGAACCACAACUAGUGGACCAGCGACAUACUUCGACCACUAAUGUUGAUAUUUCUAAUAAUGGGAUGAAUGAGUCUAUUGAGACAGGGGGAGAAGAGAUUGACCCUUCUGUUGAUUUGCCCAUUGCUCUUAGAAAGGAAGCAAGGAGUACAACAGGAAAACCUCCAACAAGGUAUGGCUUUGAGCAUGAUAUAAGUAAUUAUGUUUCAUAUGAAUCAUUAUCUCCUGCAUAUAGAGCAUUCAUUGCAACGUUGCAAGCCACACAUAUUCCUAAAGAUUGGAAAGAAGCCCAGAAGGAUCCUAAAUGGCACGAAGCUAUGUUAUAGGAGCUAAGAGCUCUUGGAAAGAAUAAAACUUGGGAUCUUGUAAAACUACCAGUAGGAAAGAAAGCUGUUAGUUGCAAGUGGGUCUUCACCGUUAAGCAAAACCCUGAAGGUAAGGUGGAAAGGUACAAAGCAAGACUUGUAGCAAGAGGAUAUAGUCAGACGUAUGGCAUCGACUAUGAUGAGACGUUUGCACCAGUUGCAAAGAUGAGUACGGUGAGAAUUUUGAUCUCUUGUGCGGCAAAUUUUGGUUGGCCAUUGCAUCAAUUGGAUGUUAAGAAUGCUUUCUUGCACGGUGACCUCCAAGAGGAGGUUUACAUGGAGAUUCCCCCUGGUUUCUAUAAACCAGAUAUGGCCGGUAAGGUGUGCAAGCUGAAGAAAUCAUUGUACGACCUCAAGAAAUCUCUUCAAGCAUGGUUUGAUAGAUUCCGGCGUGCACUAUGUGGUAUGGGUUACAAACAAUCCAAUGGGGACCAUACUGUGUUUUAUCGACAUUCUGGACAUAGGAUUGCAGUCUUAGCUGUGUAUGUAAAUGAUAUUAUUAUUACUGGUGACAAUGAAGUGGAGAUUAAACGUAUGAAGGAGAAUCUGAUUAAAGAAUUUGAGGUCAAGGACCUUGGCCAACUCAAGUACUUCCUUGGGAUUGAGAUUGCUCGAUCUCCUCAAGGAAUUGUUCUCUCACAGAGGAAGUAUGUUCUAGACUUUCUUAAUGAGACUGGCAUGCUUGGAUGCCAGCCUGCAUCAACACCAAUUGAUCCCAAUCACAAACUUUGUGCUAACUCAGGUAAUUCGAUAAAUAAAGAAAGGUACCAAAGACUUGUGGGGAGGCUUAUCUAUCUAUGCCAUACAAGACCCGACAUUUCUUAUGCAGUGAGUGUUGUAAGCAGGUACAUGCAUGAUCCUAAGAGUGAACAUUUAAAUGUUGUAUAUCGGAUCCUGCGAUAUUUAAAGAGUAAUUCGGGAAAAGGACUUAUGUUCAAGAGCCAUGGGCAUUUGAAUGUGGAAAGUUAUUGUGAUGCUGAUUGGGCUAGCUACCUUGAUGAUAGGAGAUCUACUUCAGGCUAUUGUGUGUUUGUUGGAGGAAAUUUGGUGUCUUGGAGGAGUAAGAAGCAAUCACUUGUAUCUCGAUCAACUACUGAAGCAGAGUAUCGAGCUAUGUCUCUUGUGGUGAGUGAGAUGCUAUGGGUAAGAAAUCUCCUUUCGGAAUUAAAUGUGUUGCGAAAUGUUCCCUUGAGAGUUUGGUGCGACAACAAGUCGGCAAUCAGCAUUGCUAAUAACCCGGUUCAGCAUGACAGAAUGAAGCAUGUAGAAAUAGAUCGUUUCUUUAUUAAAGAGAAGAUAGAUAGUGGUAUGAUAGAGCUGAAUCAUGUUAACUCAAGUGGUCAAGUGGCAGACUGUUUAACUAAGGGUUUGGGAGUAAAAGAAUGUAAUGCUGCAUGUAACAAGAUGGGAAUGAUAGAUAUCUAUCAUCCAUCUUGAGGGGGAGUGUUAAGUUAUAAGCCCAUGGGCCUAGAGCCCAUUGUAUAUUUGUGUCUCAUGUAUAUGUACUAGAGAAGGGAAUACAGAGUGUGGGUGGUUCCUGAUAUUUCCAAAACUUCAAAAACCAUACUUGGCUUUAUUUCUCAGAUUUUGUGCAUGGUGUUUCAACAUGAUUCAUAGGCAUACAUGGAUUUACAAAGCUCACAUACUGACAAAAUCUACUGAACGAGCUUCACUCCCACUACAGUCUACAACAAGCAAUACGACCUCUCAAAAUGCAGCAUUUACAACAGUGGAGGACCAGCACAAUUUGCUGGGCCAUACACCAGUACAUAUAUAAUUCGGAGAACAGAUUUGCUGAUCCAGGCUACCAAAAUGGAAUCUGCUUGGAAGAAUGAGAGACAAAUAGUUUUCCAUCCUUCCUCUCCUGGGGUUCUGCUAAGCAGCAGGUUGCAUUUUGCAGAUCCUCGGAUUUCCAGACAACGUCCUUUAAGGUCUUGGAAAGGUUCUUGUAGAACUGAAGAAAAUUACAGUUUAUACACAUAUAAGUACUUUAUACUAUUGAAAAACAAAUGAUAAAUUACGAAUCUCUACAACUGAAUCCAAACUACUGGUGAUUGAAGAAGCCUAAGUAUAGGAAUUAACUAGAAACAACACGCGGCAUUGCCGCGCUGAAGCCAUUGUCUACCUUUGGUUUUGCCGCAUGUUUGUAUAUAUUUUAGAUACUGAGAAUAGCGAAUGCAUGCACAGAAUAUGUAGCUGUGGUAGCUAGAUCGAUGAAAAUGUAUGCAAAAUUUCACUGUGAUGACCGAACUGUGUUCCUGUGGUUUUGAAUUGUUUGUAAGAAACAAAUGUACCAAUGAGCGAGCACCAUACUUGCAUUGAACCACCAGAAUUCUAGAUGUAACAUGGUUUUAUAAAGAUCCUGACUUUACACAGGGGCCAAAAGAUUGGUGUUUGGCAUUGCCGCGCCAGCUUGAUUUGGCCAGUUAGCCCUUCACUCCAUAAUGAUAAUUGAUCAGUGUUUUCUUUGUAAAAGAUCAGAAUAGUAAUGUCAAGGUAAUGUAAAAACAAGGGAUCAAACA